AUGUUGACCACAGUGAUAAUGUUAGCGCUGUUGAUGCUGGGGGGUCUCAGAGGGGCAGCAGCGUCUGACUUUCACGUCUUUGGUAAAUCCAUCCACGAUGAUGAGACGUUGCAGAGCAGCAGCAGCGACAGGAUCUUGCUCAGGAAACAGCCCCGUCAACAGAUGACAAGUGGCAUCCGCAGAAGUCUGGACCUGGAGAGCUUCAAACUCCACGUGACCCCCGCCACCAGCAAGAUCAGCCUGCCCACCAUCAUCAAGCUGUACCCCCCGACCGCCAAGCCCCUCCACAUGCACGCCAACAUGCCCCUGCGCUUCGGCAGGGACAGCAGCGACGACCGGGCCCCGAACUCCAGCCCCAACAUGCCCCAGAGGUUCGGCAGGUCCUGGGAGCUGCUCCAGAUGUGCGGCGAGUGCCGUGACGUCCGGGAAGCCCCGAGCCCCGUGCUGCCGCAGAGGUUUGGAAGAAACGUACCCUACUGGAGCCUGCUCAGGACUCUGGCCAGCGAGCACUUAUUAAACACCGGUUUGAGCUGGGUGGAGGAUUUGGGCUUUAAAAGAAGUUCAGAAGAAGAUGAGAUGGAAGAAAAAACCUUUAAAGAGUGAACGAUCCUUUGGAGGCCGACCGAGAGGUCUGCUUCAAAAUGUAAAUAACAAAUAUGCUGUGAUUUUUCUAACUCUAAACAAAAUGUUUCAGGUUAAAUAUUAAAGCAAAGAUUGGAUUUGAAGUAUUUAUGUAAUCAGUGUGAAUAAAGUUAUUUGUUUUCUUGAUUAUAAAAGAAUGAUGUUUUCAAAAGAAAAGUCAAA